UAUAACCAUGAACACUAAACAAAACCUGAAAACAAUAUAGCCGCAUAUAAUAAUACUGCAUGAAAUUCAUAUAUUGUAUUAGAUCAUCAUUAUAUGAAGUAAAAUAAUGCCGUAUUUUUCACACGUGGAGUUAUUGGAUUUUUGUUAGUGCAUUUAAUGCAGGCGGUAUUAUUUAUAGAGGAAAUGCAAGCAGAUGCCGGCCUCUGGUUUUGCAGGUGCGAGUUUCCGCAUCGUCAGUCCUGUCGGAAAGAAGACCCUUUUCCAACGAGGCAAUGGCGACUCCAGAUGCCUUGAAAUUAAAAGAGUUUGAGGAAACUUCAGAGCUUCUGUUUAAUGCCUCCAGUGUCAGCACAAACAGUACAGUGAGCCGAGGGUCGGUACUGGUACCAGUAGAGGGAUCCGUCAAGUUGGACAUGUCGGAGGAUGACGAGGAGGAAGGCCAAGAGGAGAAAUCAGAGCUAUUAGGAGGAGAGAGAGAAUUCAGUAGCUUCUGGACAUUUGAGUACUAUCAAUCCUUCUUCAAUGUUGACACAUUACAGGUGCUUAACAGGGUCAGAGGGUCGCUCUGGCCUUUACCUGGACGAAACAUCGUUAAGCGUCAUCUCCGUAGCAACCCUGAUUUGUAUGGACCAUUCUGGAUAUGUGUCACUCUGGUGUUCUCCAUGACCAUCAGUGGGAACAUCUCCACGUUCCUCAGCCAGAUGGGUGACCCCAAGUACCAGUACAGGCCGCAGUUCCACCGGGUAUCUGUAGCGGCUGUGACAACCUUCUCGUAUGCAUGGCUGGUGCCAUUGGGGUUAUGGGGCUUCCUGACUCUGAGGCAGGGGGCGGAGAGGCAAACUGGUGGCUACUCUUUCCUGGAGACAGUGUGCGUCUAUGGUUACUCUCUCUUCCUGUACAUCCCAACCACGAUGUUGUGGACCAUCCCCUUGGAAUGGCUUUCUUGGCUGUUAAUCCUGGUCACCAUGGCGAUCUCUGGAUCUGUGCUGGUCACCACCUUUUGGCCUAUGCUCCGUGAAGACACCAAGACUGUUGCCAUCACUACCUUAGUGACAGUUGUGCUGCUGCAUGCUUUGUUCAUCAUUGGAUGUAAGCUUUACUUCUUUCAGACAGCAGUACGCACAGGAAGGCCCAGCUCCCUAUUGCUCCACUCUUCCUCUAACGUAACGGUGGCACUGACCAGUGCUGCCAAGGAAAGCUGACCAGGAGGUAGUCAGAGUGGUCGGAGCAGGCAAGGAUCAUUUACAACUUCACGCUACAGUAAUUCUACGCAUCUGUGAUGUAUAUCAGUUAUGUGACGCUCUUGUUGAACGGCGUUAAAUAAAGGUGGCCUUUCUAAGUGUUGAGUAAGAAUGUGGCAGUCGAUGUAAUGGGAUCGGAAACUGAACCCAUAUCCAUAGCUAUACCAAAGUUAUUUUUUUGUUGUUCCCUUAACUUCAUUGCAACAUGUAUUAAAAUCAGAGUCUGUGAA